AUGGCCUGGAUAUUCUCAUGGCAGUACAGGUAUAGCAAGACAGAAGAAGAUGAUAUUCUUCCCAUGAUUCACAGACAUGCUUUUGUGAAAUGGUGGAACCAAUUCAAUGCAAAACAUGCAGGGCCACAAGGAGUUAAUGAAUUUUUUGGAAAUAAUCCAAAACUCUUGAGGCUCGCUGAUCCAGUUACUUUCAAAUUUCUAAAUCAGAAAGCAAAGAUUGCCGCCUUCCUAUCAGGAUGUGAUUCUAAAGAUAAAAUGAAGAAAAACUUAAAAGAAGUUCUUCUACUUCUGAAUCAAGAUGAGGCUGAAUCUUCUACCAAACAAAAGUCUGAUCCUAACAAAGAUGAUGACUUUUAUCAAAAUGAAGAUGAUUAUCUCACUUCUUGGCUAAAAGAAACUGACGAACUUAUUAACGACACUCAGAUGAAAAAGACGUGCUUUUAUGGAUGGUGUCCAAAUUGCAAAUGGAGAUAUAGUAGGGGAAAACAACUGGCAAAUAAGAAGGAGUUGAAAAGUGGCAAUGUUGGAAUUUCCCCUAAACUUCCAGGUGUUGAGUAUCAUUCUUCUCAAGAUUACGUUUCUUUUGAGAGCAGAAAAUCGAAAAUCGAAGAACUUCUGGAUGCGCUGGAAAAUGACAGCAAUUUUAUAAUUGGAUUGCAAGGGAUGGGGGGAACAGGUAAAACUACGUUGGCAAAAGAAGUGGGUAAGAAACUUAAGCAGUUAGAACAAUUUGAUCAUGUCAUUGAUACUACGGUGUCAUAUACUCUUGAUAUAAGAAAGACUCAAGAUGACAUUGCUGCACCCUUAGGAUUGGACUUCAAAGAUAAAAAUGAAUCAGAGAGACUCAAGCUUCUUUGGAGUAGAUUAACCGGUGGUGCAAAAAUUCUUUUGAUAUUGGAUGAUGUGUGGAAUCCUAUCAAUUUUGAUGAAAUUGGGAUUCCAAGGAAAGACAAUCACAAGGGUUGUAGAAUCUUUUUAACCACACGUGAAAUGAAGGUUUGCCAAUCAAUGGGAUGGGAAAAGAUAAUUCAAUUGGGGUUUUGUUCCGGGGAAGAUGCAUGGACCUUGUUCAAAAAGCAUGCUCAUAUAAGUGAUUGUUUCUCUAAACGUUUGUUGGCCAAAGAAUGCGAAGGGUUACCCGUUGCAAUAGCAGCCAUUGCUAGCAGUUUAAAAGGUGAACAACGCUUGGAGAAAUGGAAAUCAACUUUAAAAUCCUUGCAGAAGUCUGUGCCUAUGCAUGGUGUUGAUGAAAGUUUGAUUGAAGUUUAUAAAUGUUUGAGGUAUACUUAUGAUAAUUUGAGGAAUGAAGAAGCCAAGAAACUAUUCCUCUUAUGUUCACUGUUUCCAGAAGAUGCAGAACUUUGA